UUAUGGAAUAGAGGCAAAAUUAUUUCUUAAUUAUUUUUGUUAUUUUUCCUGUAUAUAAGAGAAGAAGAACAUUGAUAUAUAGUGUAUAUAAUUACAUAUAUUUAUACUUUAUUAUACAUAUAUGGACUUUUUUGUACCUCCGGAUACGCGCGCAUACACACACACACACACACACACACACACACACAUAUGAAAUGUUAUAUAUAGAACAUUUUUGACCAAUGAUAGAGAUAAAUAUAAAUUGUAAUAUUUUUCUAGAAAAAAUAUUACAAUUAAACAUAAAAGAAAUAUUAAAAUUGAAUAUAAAUUGUAAUAUAAAAAUCUCAUGUAAAAAAAAAUGAUAAACUCGAAUAUUAAGUUAUGUUAUUUACAAACCGCGUGUGUGUGUGUGUGUGUGUGUGUGUGUGUGUGUGUGUGUGUGUGUGUGUGUAACAUGUAUGUAUUUCCAUUUUUGUUCCAUUUUUUUGGGCAAAUCUGCAUAAAGGAGAUAGCAUCUAUCUAAAGGAGCUUACGUCUCUCCGAUUGACAUUUCUUUCAAUCUUGUAUUAUAUAUCUCUUUGUAGAUAGAUAAAAUAUAUACUUUAUUUACGAUUUUAAUUAGAAUAUUUACACGCUAAUAAAACCAUUCCGCAAAAUAUCUAAUAGAACGAUCAAGCGAUAUAUAUCGUUGUGUAUCCAUGGUGAUGCUUCUUCAAUCGUCGUCCUUUGUACAAACAAGGAUCUUCGUGUGCCUCAGUCUCUUGGAAUUGUUAGUACUCGUAUAAAGUGUUCAAUGCAUAUAUAAUUACUAUUUAAAUUAUAAUUACUAUUAAAAUACAUAUUCUAUAUACGUAUUCAAAUCGUAAAUUUAAAAAAAAAUGGCAACGGCAAUUAAAGAACGCACAAUUCCUGCCAUGGAUACACUAGUUAAAUACGAUACCCCAGUUUUAAUUACGACCCAUCCAGAGAAGGUACGUAAAGAUAUAUCGCUACCGAAAAUCGGUGCCGCUGUUUGUAAAGUUCAAACGACUUCAACGUCAGCUGAUGCACGACGAGAAACUAUGGAAAUUUUGAAUAGAAUCCUGCCGCCGAAGGAAUGGGAAGAGGAUGGCCAGAUAUGGACGCAACGUGUUUCAAGUACUCCUGCGACAAGAUUGGAUGUGAUAAAUUUACAAGAGCAACUUGACAUGCGAUUACAACAAAGACAGGCUCGAGAAACCGGCAUUUGUCCCGUUCGCAGACAACUCUAUACGCAAUGUUUCGACGAGCUAAUAAGGCAAGUAACUGUAAAUUGCGCCGAACGUGGAUUACUCUUAUUGAGAGUAAGAGACGAGAUUAAAAUGACAUUGGCCGCGUAUCAAACGUUAUAUCAAAGCAGCAUUGCUUUCGGAAUACGUAAAGCACUGCAAGCCGAACAAGGCAAGGAAAAUUUGAUUAAUACAGCCGAGGAAUUACGAUUGCAAAAAAUCGAAUUGGAAAAAAUGGUUGCGGAAUUAAGGCUCAAGUUCGAUCAGGCUGAGAAAAGGUCGGCCGAAUUAAGGGAAGCAGAAGAAAAGAAACACAUGGAAGAAGUGCAGUUUCUUAAAAAAACAAAUAUGCAACUAAAGACUCAGUUGGAAGGUAUUAUUGCACCGAAAAAAUAAAAAAAAAUUCAGAUAUAAGAGAAAAAAAGUUCCAUCGAGAACGUGUGUAAAAUGUAGCUAUAUUAAACAGGAAUGAAAGGUUUUUAUGAAAUUCUAAUAAAUGUACAUCCUGCGUUUGUGAAUAAACU